GCCAUGGCGACGGUUCCGCCGGGAAGGCAGAAGAUGGCAGCGGUAGCAGCGGAGGAGCCGGACCCGGGCGGUUCUUUCCGCCGGUGCCUGGCCCGGCUGGGUGCCCUGCGGCCUCAGCUCGGUGCCGAGCGUCCCGACGAUGCCCGCCGUACCGAGCUGCACCUCCUCUUCGAUCAGCUCAUCUCCGAGAGCUGCGGGCCGGCGGCCGGGCCCAGCCCUCAGGAUGUUUGUGCUCUGCUUGUCCAAGCCUGUCAGCUGGUUCCCCUUGAGCAGGAACAUCUUGUCAGCAAAGUUUGUCAGCUUAUCCAUCACUCACUUAACAGAUUUCAGGUGAUGGUUGAUGAGCAGAACUUGAAUUUUCUUCUUUCCUACUGCAUCUCUGCUCUUAAGGAGUGCAGCUCUUGGACACAUGUUGAAAUCCUGCAAGCCUUAGCAGCUCUUGUUUACAAUAAUGGACCUAAAUGUCAGCAGUAUCUCCCGGAUCUGCUGGGCCAGACAGGGCUCUUGGUGCAGCUCAGUGAUUCUGCUCAGCCCGACGUGGAGCUCCGGAGGGCAGCGGUGCGCAGCAUGGCAAACCUGUGCCUCAGUGUGCCUGGACAGCCAUACCUGGAUGAGCCCUACAGAAGUGUCUGCUUCCAAACCUUUUUAAGUGUUCUGCAGUCCUCAAAGACCUCUGACAUAGAUGAUAUCACUUUUUGCUUGUUACUGCAGAGUGCACUGAAAGGUAUCCAGUCACUUCUAAAUGGUGGGAAGAUGAAACUGAUGCAGGCUGACCAAACUGGAGCUCUUCUUGCAGUAUUAAAGAAAUGUAUGUUUCAUGGGCUGCCAGGCCUGAGCAUAGAAGUGCCUCCAGCCUUGUACCCAGCUCCUCUGCCACAGUAUGACCGGAGCUCCCCCGUCAAACCGGACCCAUCGGAACCGGGAGCCUUGAAGCAGCCAGGGAACCGAAGAAAAAAGUCCAAGGGGAAGCAAAAGAAAGGAGAGUUUGGGGCAGAAGGAAGAGAAGAUUUGGGCAAUGCAGGAAAAGAAUCAGUUGUUGGAGCUGAAAUGCUGAAAUUACACUUGGGGGAUGUGCAGAAAAGUCCUUGUUCAGAUCCUCGAAGUCGUGCAUCAGAUGUUGCACAUGUGCCUGCUGGGAAGGAUCACUUGUCCUCACAUUAUCCAAGCUGGAAAAGAAUCAGCAGCAGUGAGUCAGAGUAUUCUGAUGCUGAAGGUGGAAUACAGAGCAAAAUGAGAUCCUAUCAAGCCAGUGUUCGUCAAGGGGCUCUGGCCUGCUUCCUCUCUGCUAUAAAAUCCAUAGAGAAAAGAGUUCUGUAUGGCUACUGGUCAGCAUUUGUUCCUGAUGCACCUGGUAUUGGCUGCCCCCAGUCUGUGUCCUUGAUGACUAUUGCUUUAAAGGACCCUUCUCCAAAGACCCGUGCCUGUGCUCUUCAGGUUCUCUCAGCCAUGCUGGAAGGUUCGAAGCAGUUUCUGUCAGUUGCUGAAGAUGCCCCUGAUCACAAGAGGGCUUUCACUCCCUUCUCUGUCACCAUGGCUUCCAGCAUCCGGGAGCUGCACCGCUGCCUGCUGCUCGCCCUGGUGGCAGAGUCCUCUUCUCAAACACUGACACAAAUAAUCAAGUGCCUUGCAAAUUUGGUUUCCAACGCACCCUACAGCCGCUUAAAACCCGGGUUGCUGACAAGAGUUUGGAACCAGAUAAAGCCCUACAUUUGUCAUAAAGAUGUUAAUGUCAGAGUGUCUAGUCUCACAUUAUUAGGGGCCAUCAUAUCUGCCCAAGCACCUUUACCAGAGGUGCAGUUACUUUUGCAGCAGCCCAGUUCCUCAGGGAUGAGUAACAGCGGCAGCACAACCCCGCACCGCUCCGCUGCUCCUGAGCAGUGGAGGAGAGCACUGCCCCCACGAGGGGAUCCUGCAGAUCCCCCACCAGGACCUGCAGCCUCAGAACCCUGCUGGCUUCUCCAGCUCUGUGUUUCCAUCGUCGUGCUGCCUCUAAUGGAUUCCUGUUCUGACACUGAUGCCAACUUACCCUCCAUCUCCAUUGUCUACGAGCCCUGUCCCCUUCGGCUGGAAUCCUUACAGGUGUUGGCCCUUCUUGUGAAAGGUUAUUUCUCUGUGGCUCAGAGCUACUUCCUAGAACUUGGAGAGGUGGCUUGCAUAUGCAUGGAAGAAAUGGAUCCAUCCAUUCAGCUUCAUGGAGCCAAACUCCUGGAGGAGCUGGGCACAGGGGUGCUGCAGCAGUACAGACCUGACUCAGGCACUGCCCCUGCUCAGAGAGUGCCAGUCAGUGUGGUUGUCACUUUCUGGACCAAGGUGUUAACUGGCCCCUUGCCUGGCACUCUCCAGAGCUCUCCACAUGCCACUCUGCAGACCAGUGCCUGUGAUGCCCUGUCCUCCAUCUUGCCAGAAGCUUUCAGCUGCCUGCAGAAUGACCAGCAGAUCCUGUGUGUCACACUGCUGCUUGGCCUCAACCACAGUGAGAACCCCCUGGUGAAAGCUGCUGCUGCACGAGCACUUGGGGUCUACAUCCUCUUCUCUUGCCUUCGGCAGGAUGUGAUGUUUGUGGCAGACACAGCCAAUGCCAUCCUGACCUCCCUCCAGGACAAAUCCCCCAACGUCCGUGCCAAGGCAGCUUGGGCCCUGGGCAACCUCACAGACACUCUGAUCAUCAACAUGGAAACGAUGGGACAGAGUUUUCAGGAGGAAUUUUCUGAUGUUUUGCUGUUGAAAAUGUUACGGUCUGCGACUGAAGCAUCCAAGGACAGAGACAAGGUGAAGAGCAACGCUGUCCGGGCCCUGGGCAACGUGCUGCAUUUCCUCCAGCCCUAUCACAUAGGUGACCCCAGGUUCAGGGAAGCCAUGGAGGAGGCUCUGCAGGCCCUGAUUGCCACUGUUGGGAGUGAGGCCACCAUGAAGGUGCGCUGGAACGCCUGCUACGCCCUGGGGAACGUGUUUAAGAACCCUGCCCUGCCCCUGGGAGAGGCUCCUUGGAGCACAGAAGCAUAUAGUGCCCUUUCCUCAGUAGUGAAGUCCUGCAAGAAUUUUAAAGUCCGCAUCAAAUCAGCCAUGGCCCUCUCCAUCCCUAGGGACAGGGGAUGCUAUGGCUCCACAGAGCAGUUCUGCCACAUCUGGAGUGCCCUGGUGGAAGCCUUGCAAAAGAGUGAGGACACUGAGGAUUUCCUGGAGUUCAAGUACAGUGCCAGCCUCAGGACACAGAUCUGCCAGGCCCUGCUGCAUUUGUUAAGCCUGGCAAAGAGCAGUGACCUGCCAGGUAUCUGGGAAACCCUGACAGAAAAUGGGGGUGCCAUCAAAUCCUACAUCCUGCAAUACCUGAAAUCUGGAGGGGAGGAAAAUGAAGGUGGAACACACACGGACUUGGACGAGAGGGAGAGAGCACUGAAAGGAGCCAUCCAACAUCUGGGGGGGCUGGAGGAACAGCUGGAGGGCAAAGCUUGGGCAAGAGUGUCUGGUUAUCUGGAAGAAGUCUUGGCCAGUCAUGCCAAUGCUGCUGAAUUAACAGAGGCUUAGAGAGAAACACCUCUUCCAGGGACCAAGAACUUGCCCAGGGCAGAACAACACUGUUCCUGCCACAGGGCAGGCAGGAGAGAAGUUCCCUGUUGGUGGUGUUAAGCAAUUGAUUUCAGAAUUGCUAAAAUUCUUCACAAUGCCUGAUGAGAAGAUCUGUAGAACCUUAUUAUUAUUUUUUAAUUUAUAUUUGUGUUUACAAAGUCUUAAGCUGUCCUCACUGUGGGUUUUUUGUACACUUAACUGUUAGAGUUGCCAUUUGGAAAACAAUUGCCUUUUCCUCCUUUGUAUGUUUUAUACCCCCAGCCUGUUCUCAGCCCAGCUGAAAGCAUCCUGUUCCUAGUGCUGCUGCCUUCAAAAUCACCUUUGUAAAGGAGGGGGAUGGAAGAAUUUUGUUUUCCUGAGCCCUGCAAAUGUUGUCACUCCUCUGUUCCUGCAAUAAACCCGAAUUUGCCAAUAUUUGAAUAAUAGCUUAGAGCAAACACACUCUGCCUUUACCUGUUGGUGUCCCUGCCUUCCCUCAGCCUGUCUUCCACAAACUCCACAUUCCUUGUUGCCAGGUAGGAUCCAGGUAGGAUCACAGAAUGGGAUGGAGCUCUGCUGUGUAAGCCAGAAAAUGCCAAGCAGAUCCUCCAAGGCUGGAACUCUGCCUCUCCCAGCAGUGCCUGGGCUCUCUCCUUGCCCUGGGGAGGUUCAGUGAUGUUCUAACCCCUGAGGGGUUUGUUCUGCCCCUCUCCCCUUCCUCCCCCAGCGUGUUCUUCUGUUUGCUGUGUGCUGAUAGCUGACCCUGGGCUCAGCUCUUGGGGGUUGCUGGGGACAAACUGACCCCCCCCCAGGAAUGAGCAGGGUCUCUGUGGGGCUGGGAGGGGAGUGCCUGCUCCCCCUGACCCCUGGGGGGUGUUUGAGCAGAGCUCAGCCCCAGCCCUGCCUCUCCUAAAAGCUUUUUGGGAUCUGCAGGCUUGGUCUGCUUUGUUUUUCCCUCCUCACUGCUGGUUUUGGUGGGGCUCAAGUGGUGUGGGAGGAUCCCAAACCUCUUCAGAGUGAUGGAGUCUUUUCUGUGAGGUGUUUGGGGCCUGAUCCCUGCCCAUUACCCCUGAAGACCACAGGGCCUGGGCUGGCUGCCCAGGUUUGCUGACAUCUGGAGCUGCCCCCAUGCUGUGCCACCCAAAAUACUGGGGGGACUCUGUCCAAAGCAUGGCCAGGCAGCAGACACAGGCUGUCCCCGUGCUGGAUGUCCCUGCCAGCAGCCCACACCCCAUCUCAGGGGGGUUGGAAUGGAGAAAUCCCUUAUCUUACAUGCCCAAGAAACAGCUGGGAGCUGCUGGGAUUCUCAACAGUGUGUAGCCAACCUCUUUGGUUCUAAUAAAAGCUUUUUAAAGUC